ACUGUAUCCAGUUCCUCUCCUGCACCUGAGGAUCUUGAGUGCCAGGUGGGAUUUGCUGGGAUUAGUUUGUGUCGUGAAUGAAAAUGCAUCUCUCGGUCCACGUCGCAUUUUGGAUGCUAUUGUCUGCAUUAUCUGGAGCAUAUGGAGGAAAAGUCUUGGUGUUUCCACUGGAUGGAAGCCACUGGAUAAACAUGAAAGUCAUCAUUGAGAAGCUCCAUUCGAGAGGCCACGAUGUGACUGUGGUCCGGGCUUCUAACAGCUGGUACGUUAAGGAAGGUUCAACCUACUACACCUCCAUCACCAUUCAAAAUGACGGAGGAUUUGACGAGAAGUUCUUUAGUCCAGUUGUUGAAAGGAUGUUGGAAAUCCGGAGAAGAGGAGACUCUUUUUGGAACCGGUUUCUUAUCGAGCUAGAAAUAAUCUCCAAGUUUGGUGAAAUGCAUGAAGAUAUGGUAAAGAUGAUCUCAAGAAUGUUUGAUGAUGAAGCCCUGAUGAGAUCAAUAGAGGAAGCCAAGUAUGAUGUAAUCCUAACAGAUCCUGCUGCUGGAGCUGGUGUAAUGUUUGCAUACCAUUUUAAAAUUCCUCUGGUUUUCAAUGUUCGAUGGACUGUCCAUGGAGAAGGUCACUUUGCAAUUGCACCCUCUCCUCUCUCUUAUAUACCGGUUCCUGGAGCAGAGCUAACAGAUAAAAUGACAUUCUUUGAGAGGGUUAGGAAUGUUUUAUGUUACAUUUUCACCCUCUUCCAGAUGGCAGUGGUCACCGCACCCCGCUACAAUGCCUUCUGUCAUAAAUACUUUGGGCCUGAUGUUGAUUACUUCUCCCUCUUUCAGGAUGCAGAUAUCUGGCUCAUGAGAAAUGACUUUACCUUUGAGUUUCCUCGACCCACUAUGCCAAAUGUGGUUUACAUGGGGGGCUUCCAGUGCAAACCCUCAAAACCACUUCCUAAACACCUGGAGGACUUUGUCCAGAGUUCAGGAGAGCAUGGGGUCAUCAUCAUGUCUUUAGGGACUCUCAUUAGCAAGCUUCCUCAAGAUAUUAAUGAAGACAUAGCUGCAGCCUUUGCACAACUACCUCAUAAAGUCAUUUGGAGAUAUGCUGGACCUAAACUUGCCAACCUUGGCAAUAACACACUGCUUGUGGACUGGAUGCCCCAGAAUGAUCUUCUUGGACAUCCCAAAACUAAGGUUUUUGUAGCCCAUGGAGGAACCAAUGGUGUUCAGGAAGCAAUUUAUCACGGAGUGCCACUUUUAGGUCUACCGCUAGUCUUCGACCAGCCUGAUAAUCUCUCCAGAAUGAGGAAAAAGGGAACCGCAGUAAUUGUGGAUAUUGCAGAGUUGGACAGAACUGUGUUUUUGGAAGCUUUAAAGGAGGUGCUGUAUAAUCCAUCUUACAGCGAGAACAUGAAAACGCUGUCUAGACUGCAUCGAGAUCAGCCCAUGAAGCCUCUGGAUCAUGCAAUAUUCUGGAUUGAAAACGUUAUGAGGAAUGGAGGUGCUCCUCACUUGCGCACACAGUCUUUCAGGAUGUCCUGGUUCACCUACCACUCUGUGGAUGUUAUACUCACUCUGCUGGGAGCUGUCCUGGUUAUUCUGUUGAUUGUUUUUUAUGUGAGCAGAUGUCUUUGCCUUUGCAUUUUAUUCAGAAAGAAAGUGAAACGUGAGUGAUUUAUUAUGUGCGACCAUCAUGUAGUUAUAGGUCUUUUUACAUUUCAGAAUUUGGGUGUUGUGUACAGUAAUCGUUUCUUUUAUUGAAGUAGGGAAGAGUGGCACACAAACUUAAACUGCAAAAUAUUAUUUUUUAGGUAACAAAUAACAAAGUUGUGUGCAUAGGUCAUGCCAUUUGCUUCUGUAUCACUUUAAUAAAUCUAAUGGUGGCUGUAAUAGAUGGCACUAAUAACACUAGAUAAUUGCUUUGAUUCCAAGCAAUGCCAUAGCCACCCAGAGCCUGCACAUUAAGGUAGGCUGUAAUUAAGGGGUCCAUUUGGGAAAGCCAACUGAAAAACCCUCUUAGUGCCCAUGCCCACCCAGAACCUUCUUAGCCCAUAUUACACCCAUGUGAAUCCCACACAAACAUGUCGGCUGGGACAAGUGGGUUUCAGCCCACUUUUUUCAUUGGCUGGUAGAUUCUGAGUAUCUGGCUUGAGAAGGAGAGGCCAAUACAGUAAGUAAAUAUAUGGGUAUGUAUUUUAUUAUAUGUAAGGUAUAUUUCAAAUGUAUUUUUUUUAAUUAAAUAAUGUAUUUCCAGUUUACUCUUUGUCUAUUUGCAUGCAUUUUGUACAUUUUAAUAUAUUUACUUUCUGUAUGAGAGGGGCUUGAUGUGCUUACAUGUACAGUUGAUGCAAUUUUAAUUAAAAUACAUUAUAAUUUAGACAUGGACCCACUAUAUUGUGUUACAUUUAACCUUUCCAAUUUAUUAACCUUUAACAUUAAGAGUUUUACUUUUUUAUAUAGCACACAGAUACAGGUUGUGUUUGGAAAAAAUCUUAUACUUAAAUUGUUAAAACAUUUUUAACAGAAUGUGUUAAGCUGUGUGCCACUCUCCCUCUGCUCUAUAAUUUUGUUUUGUAAUCUGUAAAAACAAUUGUAAUGUACAAAUGUCAAUAAACUUACAUUUUUGAAGAAA